UCAUUUCGUGGCGCGACCAGAUUCUGGGGCGGGCCUCGUGGGUCCUCAUUUCACAUAUCCCGGGGCGGCCGGUGGCUGGAGCCGCGGCUGUUGGGAAACCAAGCGCCUGCCAUAAGCCUCACCGGUGAGGGGCAGGUGGUGUGUGGAUCGCGGCGGGAGAGAGGCGCGGGCCGCCGGACCCUGUUGCUAAGGAUUCUUGAGAACCUGAGCGCUUGGAGUGUGCCCCUCCUUUUCUGGGGGAUUCAAUCGAGAGUAGCCUUCGUUAACCUUAAUUGACACUGCCUCUUUCAGAUACCCAAAUAUGUACCCAUGCUGAAGUCCCCCAGUCUGUUCUCGGUAUCCGUGGUUGGGUGAAUCUGUAGAUGUGGAAGCCGCAUAUAUGGAGAACCAACUGUAGUUUGUCCUUAAGGAGUGAAAGGGAAACAAUGCAGAAAUCAGAGUGCUCUGGAGGUACACAGUUGAAAAACAGAGUAACAGGUAACGAUGAUCAAAGGACAUCAUCAGGCACACAAAUAAAACACAGGAAUGCAGUUCAACGAAGCAAAUCCUCAUUGUCAACCAGUUCUCCAGAGUCUGCAGGAAAACUUCAUCCUCGACCAAGUGAUAAACUGAACCCUAAAACAAUUAACCCGUUUGGUGAACAGUCACGAGCCCCUUCGGCAUUUGCAGCUAUUUACUCUAAAGGAGGUAUUCCUUGCAGAUUGGUACAUGGUUCAGUAAAACACAGGUUACAGUGGGAGUGUCCUCCUGAAAGUCUUUCAUUUGAUCCACUUCUUAUUACUUUAGCUGAGGGUCUGAGAGAGACUAAGCAUCCAUAUACCUUUGUGUCACAGGAGGGUUUUAGAGAAUUACUUUUGAUCAAAGGUGCUCCUGAAAAAGCUGUUCCUUUGCUACCUAGACUGAUUCCUGUGCUAAAGGCAGCUCUGGUCCAUUCGGAUGAUGAAGUGUUUGAAAGAGGAUUGAAUGCUCUAGUUCAGCUAAGUGUUGUUGUUGGUCCUUCUCUAAAUGACCAUCUGAAGCAUCUGCUUACAAGCCUUUCCAAAAGGUUAAUGGACAAGAAAUUCAAAGAGCCAAUCACCAGCGCAUUACAGAAGCUAGAGCAAUGCGGCGGAAGUGGAAGCCUUAGCAUCAUCAAAUCUAAAAUUCCGACAUACUGUUCCAUAUGCUGUUGAAGAAGGGAGCCAACAAACAUUGUUUUUUCUUCCUGGUGACAUAUCAAACACACCCCAGGUACUCAUGGAACCUUUCUUCCAUUUUGUUCAUUUGUAAAUCACAGCCACUAUUUAUUAUUCACUAGGUUAAGAUGAAUAUACACUGAAUCAAAGUUAUUCAUCAACAAAAAACAGUUACUAAUGGAAAGUUAUUAAAAUAAGUUCUAUAUAGUAUAAUUUUGUGAGGUUUAUUUUUUGUAUUUUUAUUAUUUGUGUGAAGAACCAUUAUUGAGUUUGUAAGAUAAGAUGUAUUUUCUAGUGCCUAUUUAUAAUACUUUUUUUGUAAUCAGAUUUGUAGCUGUGCACUUAUUUUUCUAGAUAUUUUGCCAUUUCUUGGGUUUCAUAUUUAACAAGGCUGUAGAAAUUUAAAAUAGUGAACAAACGUUUGUGAAUACACUAUUUUAAAAUUUUUUUUAAAGAGAGAAGGGGUCUUGCUUUGUUGCCCAGACUGGAGUACAGUGGCAUAAUCAUAGCGCGCUGCAAGCCUUGAAUUUUUGUGCUUACAUGAUCCUUUCAUCUCAGACUCCUCAUUAGCUGGGACUAUAGGCAUGUGCCACCCUGUCCAGCUAAUUUUAAGAUUUGCUUGUAGAGACAGGGUCUCACUCUGUUAUCCAGACUGGUCUUGAAAUUCUGAAAGCGGUCCUCUGCAAUUGACUUCCAAAGUGCCGGGAUUACAGGAGUGAGCCACCAUCCCUGGCCCCAUGAAUAUACUAUUAAUUAGUGUUUGUAAAUAUGUGUUUUAUAAUGUACAAUGCAUGGAAAAUUUUCAGAGUAUUCUAGUUUAAGACAUUUUUUUCUAACUGUGAAUUCUAUUACAAGUAUGUUGUUUAUUACAACUCAUUACAACUACCUAAAUUUUUGGUGUUAACUGUAUUUAAGUAAAUGUUAUUUUUGCAUUUCAUAGCCAGAAAAUACUGAUGUUCACAUAAAGAUACUCAGCAAUUAAAAAUCUGAAAGCUCAUAUAUGC